UAAGCUUCCAGUCUUUUUAUCAUGCAACGUCAAUGGAAAACGCGCAGAACAAUCGGCCUAAUAUUAAUCAUAAUUAGUGCCUAUUUGUUCAUAAAAGUAAGCAAUUAUGAGCAUAAAGCUUCAGUGUUUCUGUACAACGUGCAUCCAAACGAGCCUUGGGAAUUUGUAGCUGAUUUUAGUAAUAUGAAGUACUUAAAUCCCACCAUAAUAAAUUUUUCUAUUACUGCCGAAAGUGGCAACUAUAAUCAUUGGAAUUACAGUACGGAAUAUUCAGAAAAAUUAUCCCAUUGGCCUUAUCUACCCAACCAAGCAGUUGCUCAUUUUCAAAUAAAAGCCAAUCAUGAAGAUAAUAUUUACUUUAUACAUUCUAUUCAUAAAACUUGCAUGUUUAUGAAUCUUUAUUGCUUAUACUCUGAAAGUGUAUUCAAAUUUUCUAAAUCAAAUCGCACAAAUGGAGCCCAAUGUGAAGAAACUAUCCACUAUCAAUGUCCAGUGUUCUUGAAACCUUUUUGCCAAAGAGAAGUCUUGCACCAAAGACACCUAAUAAUGGAUAAUUUAAAAAAGAAAUUCACCAAAUAAUUCAAUCAUUAUAUUUAUAGUCAAUUAUAAAACUCUCCAAAUUUUCAUGCAACCAUUUAAUCCAAUCCUCAUCCACCAAUUUACUAAAAGUGGCUUCUUGAAAGACCUCGCUCUUGCUCACUUCAAUGAACCCAAUUUUAGUAAACAUGCUUAUACUGGGCACGUUAUCCAAAGUAAUUUUGACCACAAACUGUUUAACUUCUAAAUGAGUGAUCGAGUAAAGGAACAUUAGGAGCAUGGCUUCCCAGCCGCACUUUUUGCCACGAGCCCACAAUUCUGCGAUCAUUAUUUCGGCUUCUGCACAGAUACGGUCUUCGGGGGUUGCAAAGAACAGAUUCGUGUCUCCAAUCAUUGAAUCU